AUGGACACAUCAUCUCCCGGUCCUAGUACGGGGUUGGUAAUAUGCUUCGGCACUCUUUGCGAUGUUCAAGCGAAGGUCACGCGCCCACCAAGCGAUGGAUGCACUGCGGUAUCCGACAUACGCCGCGUCUCGGGCAAUAGAGCCUCACAAUUCCAUCUCUUCGAAAUCGUCUUGGAAGAUAAGGUCUACGGUAUCAAAAUACCAGAAACAGAUGUUUUCAUCAUGAUUGACCUUAUCACUGCCAAGAAACUAGAUGCUCUCCAAGGGCAGCCUGGCGUUUACACUAAAGCAGUUUUCGGAACUGAUAUCCUGAAUCAUCUGGCGUCCAAAAAAGGAAAGCAGCCGUUUAGAGUAUCCGUGAAUGUAUACGGACUCGAAUCAGAUGCUAGCGAUGUCGGAACGGCCUUGACCAAGGCUCGAGGAUUCCUUCAACAUCCGUAUCACCUUGAAGACGGCAUAGAGUAUUUGAAUCCGCAGUUCUUCCAAUUCGAAGGAGAUACAGGGUAUAUGACGCAUCUGGUGGCCAUGGACGAGUCCCAGAUCCGAGCAAAGGCCCUCUCCGAUGCAUUGGAAAAUGUUCUCACUUCACUUGACCAUUCAUUGGGAAACCCGAUCAUCACUGAGCUGGAUGUCAUUCCGGAUGACCUCACAACACCUUUGAAGGAUCAUCAGAAAUCCGCUCUGAGUUUUAUCUCGAAAUGUGAGAACUCUGAUUAUUGUAAUCGAGUCAGAACGGAGCUCCUGUUUCAUACGCGUAUCCCGUCACCUAAGGUCAUCCCAUCUAUGGCCUUGGGCGGAAUAUUGGCGGACGUGAUGGGGUUAGGGAAAACACUCACAAUGAUCACGUCUAUCUGUGCCACGAAGGUUGCAGCGAUCAACUUCCAAAAGACCAAUACUAGAGGCAAUAUCGACGAUUUGACAUGUCCCCGAACUACAGCAACCCUUGUGGUUGUAACAUCGACUCAGGUGAUGGAGGUGUGGCGGAAGGAAGUUUCAAGUCAUUUCAAAGAUGGUUCGCUUCGGACUAUCAUGUUCCAUGGUGACUCUCGCCCGACUCAACAAACCGCUUUGAUGGAUUAUGACAUAGUAUUAACUACAUACGCGACUCUUGUCGCUGACUUCAAACAUCGGAAGGUCCUUCACAGUUUGGAGUGGUUCAGGGUUAUCCUUGAUGAGGCCCAUUGGAUUCGAAACCCAAGCUCUAAGCAAUUUAAGGCUGUGAACGGACUCACCACAGAACGCCGAUGGUGCGUUUCAGGAACCCCGAUCCAAAACUGUCUCAAUGACUUGGUGUCCCUUCUUCGAUUUCUCAAGUUCGAGCCUUUCUGUGACAUGGCUGUAUUCCAGAGAUAUAUACUUGAGCCACUAGGCGACGGGAGCCUCACUGAGCCAGUCAACACACUUCAGCAGUUACUUCAAUGCUUGUGCCUGAGACGAGAAGGGCAAUAUCUCAAUCUCCCUAGUGCAACAUACAGUACUGUGAAGUUAUUACUUCAUCCUGACGAAGAAAAGCUAUACAACGAUGUCUUCAAAAGCUAUCGUCGAGAGCUCGAUGAUCUAGUCAGUGGCCUGGCCAAGGCAAAGAAGACAAGAAGUACUCUACGUUUUUCCAUGAUGUCAGCACUGAGGAGGCUCUGUAACCACGGCACACUGCUUGAACCCCCCAGGACGCUGACAGAGUUGGAUGUCGACACGUCUUGCGCCUAUUGCAGCACCGCUGAUAACGACAACAUGGCGAAGAUCAAUGAAGAUUCGACAUGCCCGGAGUGCCACCGUCUACUGUCAGCAUCGACGCCUAGCUCUUCAAAGAGCGUCAGUCAAUCUCCCCAACCUCCCGGUCCCAUCCAUACAGGUUUAUCCAUGGACGCGGCGGAUACGUAUACUGCAACGUUGAAUAGAAGGCCUCUUCAAAUGCAUUCGGGUCUGUCGACGAAACUCCAAGCUGUGGCAGACAAUAUUUGUCGUCAAUCUAAGAGCCUUGUGUUCUCGUACUGGACAACGACCCUUGACUUACUAGAAAUGCUGCUGGGUCAACGGAACAUCGCUAUGAGACGCAUCGAUGGACGAUUAGGAAACGAACACAGGUUAAGAGUGCUGGAGGAGUUCAAGACGAACCCUGAUAUCUCUGUCCUUCUCCUCACCAUGCAGACAGGAGCAGUUGGACUCACUCUUACUAUCGCGACGCACGUUCACAUCAUUGAGCCACAAUGGAACCCAUCAGUCGAGGAACAAGCAAUUGCGAGAGCCCUCCGAAUGGGACAGACCAAGACUGUAACGGUGUUCAGAUACAUGAUGAGGAAUACCGUAGAAGAGCGUAUUCUAGCCCUGCAAAAGAAGAAGAAAGCCCUUGCAAAGUUUACUUUGGGCGGGAACUCAGGAGAGGGAGUAUCGGGUAGUUUGGAGGAUCUGAAAUUCAUAUUGGAACUAGACGUGGUAUAA